AUGUCAAGAGCUACCGUCCUUUUUAUCCUUUUCACUGCCAACCUUUCUUGUAUUUUUGCUAAUAUUUGCAUAAAAUCAGUAUUUUUACAUUCGAUUAAACCUCUGAAGCCGUCCAAUAAACUGUUUUGCAUCAUACAUCAAAAUGAAAAUAUUGGCUCUACAAAAGCAACACUAUUCCGACGAGUAAAUCAUUUUCGAAAGUAUUUACCGUCAGCACAUACUAUUAUCUCCUCUCCAAAGGAAGAAAUAGUUGAGUUAUGGGAUGAAGAAAAGGUAACACCAUUUGAGUAUCCGGCAACGAAAGAUGGAAAUAGAACAGUAGUAUCAAUAGAAAGUAUUCCGGAAAAGAGUCAUCUGGUUCGUUGGUUAUACUGGAAUGGUACAGCAUGUAUUAAUGCCGUUUCAAUGGUAUUGAUUAAAUUUAUCACUCAUGAUGGAUUGUUGGAGGAUAUAUCAGCAAGUGUUCAUUAUACUAAUAUAACCAAACAAAGUUAUUCUCAACAGUUUUAUCAAUUUGAUGCGGUUUUCAUCGAAAUUUCAUCCACUUCAAAUGCUGUAAGACUAGUACAAUCAUUGGGAUAUGAUAUGGGACAAAUUAUUCGACUUGAAAGUAGCAAUAAUAAAACAUUUUUAAUUCCAUCCGGAAUGGAAUGUAAUAUGCGGAAACAGCAAGUAAAUAUACGAUUUGGUAUUCAAAUUAAUACGGCAUGUCGCCUUAGAAUUACAACGUGUACCCAGAUAUUAGCUCAAAUUCAAUAUUUACUCGAUGAAUGGAAAGCAAUAACUGUUUAUAGCUUCCCGUAUGGCACAAAUGAUACAGUUGCAAUGCAAAAUGAUAGGUUAUCUUCUUCGAAAAUGUUGCAGAAAGAAAUGGAUGAAAGUUGUGAAUUAAUAACAGCUGCAUCAAUUCAGUUUGCUUAUAUACGUUUUGGGAGUGUUAAAUCUUAUUCGCAUCGUUUAAUCUCAUAUAAAAUUGAAUUAAGUAUUCAAAUCAUCUUAUGUAUUGCAUUUUUCAUCGGAAGUACCCAAGCACUAGGUGGUAUUUUUGGCUUAAAAGCUCUCACCGGUAACAUGCCCUACAUUGGUUAUGGUAAUCCAUGGAUUACCUAUCCUAGAGUUGCUUAUGGUGGAGCUGGUCUCUAUUCUCCGUAUUCGUCAUGGGGAUAUGGUGGGAGUAGUGAUGGUAUAUUCGGUGGGUACGGUGGCGGUAAUACAGGUAUCUAUCAUCCAUAUCAGCAAUAUUUGCAUAACUACUACAGGUCUUCAGCAAUGAAACCGAGUUCUGUCAUCAUUCCUUCAGGAUUAUCAAACUCUUUCACACCUUUAUCAGGCGAUGGACGAUAUUAUAGAGGUAGAGGAAAUCCAUGGAUAACCCAACAAUAG